AUGGGAUUUGUGCACACGCUUCGAACAAGAUGGAAAGGUCACGUGCUGGCGGGUUUGGUGUGUGCUGCAAGUGGGGGCUUGCUUGCAUACAGGGAGGCGAUGCACAGGGGCGCACAUAAGGAAAGAAGCAGCGAGGGCGGCGCCAAGGAGCACGCACUGCGGGAGGCAGCCGUAAAGGAGAAUGUGCUUUUAAAGGCAGCCUUAAAAGAGCAGGCAGAACGCUUCGGCGCAGAGAAAAGGCAGAAUGCAGCGUGGGUGGAGAAAGUGGGAAAGCACAUAGCGAAGCUGGAGGAAAAGAGAACGCAGGAUGCAGCGCGGAAAAAGGCAGAGGAAAAAAGAAUGUUCUGCUUGGAGGCAGGCAUAAAAGAGCAAGCAGGAAGCUGGGGCAAAGCGCAGAAUCGUAUUGCGCAGUUGACGGCAGAGAAGAGGAAGGGUGUAGAGCAGUUGAAAGCAGAGCACAAAAGAAUUUUGGACUUGGAGGGAGCCUUGAAGGAGCAAGUAGAAAGCUUGAGGAAGGCGCAAGAUCUUGCUGCGCGGCUGGAGACAAUGCGAGCGAAGACCACAAGGCGGCUGGAUUCGGCCACCGCGAAAUAUAUAAGCCUUUUGAACACCGUGCAAACACAGAAGGCGCGGCUUUAUGUGGCCAUGCAAGAUCGGAAAAAUCUUUUGGAAAAAGCGCAAGAACUGGAUGCUCUCUUGAAGAUAAAAGAAGACUUCGUCUGUGCCUAG